CAGGAGCCAACGGGCCUACCUUUAGACAGCUCGUUUUCUUCCUUCAUUUAUCUUCUAAGCCUCGAGAGCAGCAAAACUUCCAGCUCCUUUCAUUAAAUCGCAGAUUACUCUGUUUUCCCUCCUCCUCCUCUGCAACAAGGAGUCCUUAAACCUGAUAACAGUUUCGCUGCAAGCGAAUCAAGAUUUUUCUACAAUGGGUUUGCCCGAAAUCGUCGACUUUGCCCGGAAUUUUGCUGUCUUGGUCAAAGUUCAGGGCCCUGACCCGAAGGGUCUGAAGAUGAGGAAACAUGCUUUUCAUCAAUACCGUUCUGGCAAAACAACACUUUCAGCUUCUGGGAUGCUAUUGCCCGAUGCUCUUUAUAGUUCUGAGGCGGCUAAGCGUGUUUUAAAUUGUGAUAGCGGUCAGAGUUUGGCCUUGGUUGUGACUGUUGCAUCUGUUGUAGAACCUUUUCUGUCUGCGGAGCACAGAGAAAACAUGUCUCAGGGUAACCCACAGUUGAUUCCGGGUGCUCGGAUUGAUAUAAUGGUGGAGGGAAAAGUGAGUAUGGAAGAAGCUCCUUGUUGGAUUGCUGCUCAACUCGUGUCACUGGUUGAUGUCCCUGCAUCUUCCCUUGCUCUCCAAUCUCUUAUUGAAGCUUCUUCAAGCUCACUAGAGCAUGGAUGGGAGGUCGGUUGGUCAUUGGCCUCAUAUGAUAAUGAUCUGCAGACUUCAAUAGACAUUAUUCGGACUCCGAUUGAUCAUGAAAGCAAAUCUAUCAUGGAGAGGCAGAGACAUUUUUCUUUGAGGGAAUCACGCAAUCCAAGUGUGAUGGGCAGGUCAACUACUAGAGUAGCUGUUCUUGGGUUGUCUUUAGGUUUAGAGGGUCAGCAAAAUCUUGCCAUAUCACCUUUGAAUAGAAGUGGAGAUUUUCUUCUAGCCGUGGGUUCUCCCUUUGGUGUACUCUCACCAGUGCACUUCUUCAACAGCAUGUCAGCAGGAUCUAUUGCCAACUGCUAUCCACCUGGAUCAUCAAAGGGAUCAUUGUUGAUGGCUGACAUACGCUGUCUACCUGGAAUGGAAGGUUGUCCAGUUUUUGGUGAACACGCACAAUUUGUUGGUAUUUUGGUUAGACCAUUAAGGCAUAAGAAUGAUGGUGCUGAAAUUCAGCUGGUGAUUCCGUGGGAAGCCAUUGCAACUGCUUGCAGUGACUUGCUGCUGAAGGAGCCUCAAAAUGCAGAAAAUGGGAUCCAUAUUAACGAGGGAAACUUAAAUGGUGUAGGGAACAAAAUUUUGUCUAACAGCCUUGACGCAAUGGGACCUUGCUAUUAUAAGUAUGGGCAUUCUGAUGCUUGUUUCCACCCAGAUCUGCCAGUUGAGAAGGCAAUGGCAUCUAUCUGUCUUAUUACCAUUAAUGAUGGUGUGUGGGCAUCCGGUGUUGUAGUCAAUGAUCAAGGGCUUAUACUUACAAAUGCUCACCUGCUAGAACCAUGGAGAUUUGGAAAAACAACAGUUAGUGGUAGACAAAACGGAAACAAUCCCGAGGCACUUUCCUUCCAGUCUGAGGGAUCUUCUCCUGGAAAUUUUGGGAUUGACAACUACCAGAAGGGUCUGGAAUUUCCAAAGAAAGAAGUAAAGAAUGCUGGUUUUUCUAUGGCUGAUGGUCAUGGAGAACAUAAAAUCAAUAACUUUUACAGUGCUUACAGAAAAAUACGCGUUCGUUUAGAUCAUCAGAAUCCUUGGAUUUGGUGUGAUGCUAAAGUAGUAUAUAUUUCUAAAGGACCUCUGGAUGUUGCGUUACUCCAGCUUGAGCAUGUUCCUCAUCAGCUUUCUCCUAUUACUACAAAUUUUGAGCAUCCUUCUUUAGGAUCAAAGGCAUAUAUUAUUGGGCACGGAUUGUUUGGACCAAGAUGUGGAUUUUCUCCAUCUGUUUGCUCUGGGGUUGUGGCAAAGAUAAUAAAAGCAAAGAUGCCUCCGUUUUAUCAGUCCAUCCUAAAAAGAGGUUUAGAGCUUCCUGCAAUGCUUGAAACAACAGCUGCUGUCCAUCCAGGUGGUAGUGGUGGUGCUGUUGUCAAUUCAAAUGGUCAUAUGAUCGCACUUGUUACCAGCAAUGCGAGGCAUGGUGGAGGAACGAUUAUACCAAACCUGAACUUCAGCAUUCCUUGUGCAGUUCUGGCACCUAUCUUCGAGUUUGCAAGAGACAUGUCAGACCUGUCACUUCUUCAAAAUCUUGAUCAGCCAAAUAAACACCUUUCUUCAAUAUGGGCAUUGAUGCCACCACUAUCUUCCAAGCCAAAAUCUCCAUCACCUAACUUGCCAGAGUCUUUGAUGGAAGAUCAUAAGAAAGAAGGUAGGGGUUCCCGUUUUUCAAAAUUCAUAGCUGAAAGGCAUGAGAUCUUGAAAGGGUCAUCUCCAUUUGGCAAGGCAGAAGGGUUCUCUAAUGUGCAUUUACCUAGUAAGUUAUAGCCCUGCAUUUUUUUCUUUCAUAGAGUAUCAGGUAUCAGCAGAAUAAUUGGAAUCAGUUUUCUGAAAUGCCAUUUACUGGAUAGAGUUGGGGUUGUGGGAGAAAAGAGUAUGCUUUCUUGGAAAAUUGUAGUAUGUAAUCUGUAUAAUAAUGAAGAUCAAAAGGCAAUGAAUUUAAAAAGAACAAUAUUGUUUCCUUCAGCA